UCAGAGUGCGUCUUGGUGUACUCCGCCAUUUUGUAGGGGUAUAAGAAAACUCGGCCAGACUGCACUUUCGCUGCUCUGACCUGUAGUUCUGUAUUGUGCAAUGGACGGCCGUCUAGAGACUGAUUUGUAUCCUAUGGGAUCCAGUUACACCACCGAAAUAGACAGUGUCCACGAUAUUACAGUUGGUACAAAGAGAGGAUCUGACGAACUUUUUUCCUCUUGUGUCUCUAACGGACCCUAUAUCAUGAGCAAUUCAUCUGGAGCAGCGAAUGGCAAUGACAGCAAGAAAUUCAAAGGCGACAUCAGGAGUCCUGGCAUUCCGUCCCGUGUCAUACAUGUGCGCAAGCUCCCCAAUGACAUCAAUGAAGCCGAGGUGAUCUCUCUGGGACUUCCCUUUGGUAAAGUCACCAACCUGCUCAUGCUGAAAGGAAAGAACCAGGCCUUCAUUGAGAUGAACACAGAGGAGGCUGCACAGACCAUGGUCAGCUACUACUCCUCUGUCACCCCUGUCAUCAGGAAUCACCCCAUAUUCAUGCAGUUUUCCAAUCACAAGGAGCUGAAGACAGACAAUUCACCCAAUCAGGUGAGGGCCCAGGCAGCUCUGCAGGCAGUGAAUGCUGUUCAGACGGGCAGCAUGUCCAUGGCCAGUGUGGACGCCUCUGGCAUGGGCAGCCACAGUCCGGUGCUGCGCAUCAUUGUGGAGAACCUCUUCUACCCUGUCACUCUGGAUGUCUUACACCAGAUCUUUUCCAAGUUUGGCACAGUGUUGAAGAUCAUUACUUUUACCAAAAACAACCAAUUCCAAGCCCUGCUCCAGUACGCAGAUGGCCUGACUGCCCAACAUGCUAAACUGACUCUCGAUGGGCAAAACAUCUACAAUGCCUGCUGCACCCUGCGUAUCAACUUCUCUAAACUGACCAGUUUGAAUGUGAAAUACAACAAUGACAAGAGCCGCGACUACACUCGACCUGACCUGCCCACUGGAGACAGUCAGCCCUCCAUCGACCACCAGGCUAUGGCGGCUGCCUUCGGGGCUCCUGGUAUAAUCUCAGCCACCCCAUAUGCAGGAGCUCACGGGUUCCCUCCAGCCUUUGCCAUUCAACAGGCUGCAGGUCUGUCGAUGCCUGGUGUCCCAGGAGCUCUGGCCUCCCUGGCCAUCCCUGGUGCAGCAGCUGCCGCUGCUGCUGCUGGGCGGCUUGGCUUCACUGGCCUCACCGGGGGCCACUGUGUCUUGCUGGUCAGCAAUUUAAACCCAGAGAGAGUUACGCCCCAAUGCCUCUUUAUUCUUUUCGGUGUAUAUGGUGAUGUCAUGAGGGUGAAAAUCUUGUUCAACAAGAAGGAAAAUGCUCUGGUACAGAUGGCAGAUGGAACGCAGGCCCAGUUAGCUAUGAGCCAUUUGAACGGGCAGAAGUUGCAUGGGAAGGCUAUCCGUGUCACACUGUCCAAACACACGAACGUGCAGCUUCCCCGAGAGGGUCAGGAAGACCAAGGCCUGACUAAGGACUUCAGCAACUCGCCCCUGCACCGCUUUAAGAAGCCUGGCUCAAAAAACUACCAGAACAUCUUCCCUCCUUCAGCAACACUCCACCUCUCCAACAUCCCACCAUCUGUGGUUGAAGAUGACCUCAAGAUGCUGUUUGCAAGCUCUGGUGCCUUGGUCAAGGCCUUCAAAUUCUUCCAGAAAGAUCGCAAGAUGGCGCUGAUCCAGAUGGGCUCAGUGGAGGAGGCGAUCCAGUCGCUGAUCGAAUUCCACAAUCACGACCUUGGCGAGAACCACCAUCUGAGGGUUUCCUUCUCCAAGUCUACUAUUUAAGAGAGCAGGAGUCCAGAUUGGGGUAGUACCUUUGGAGAAGGGCUCUGAGAUGGGAUGUCACUUUAGACUUCAGUUAUUACAGUCUUGUGGAAGGAACUCUUGAAAGUUUGGAAGAAAUUCAUCCACAAGACUCACUUCCAUCAUUCCUUUGUUAAAUAUUUAUGUGUAUACAUAGAUCUAUAUAUGAGAUUCCUUUUUUUUUUGAACCAGUAGACCAUAGAAGAUAAAACAUGCAGACCAACUUUAUCUGGGCUUUUAAGCAUUCAUCCCCCCCCCCCCUUCCUUCUUUCCAUUUUGAAAUGAUAUAGAUCCCAUAUUUUUGCAUAAGAUUUGGUGGUCUUAAAGCUCUAGAUAUUGAAGUAGUUUACACUUGCGGUCUCCAGGAUUCCCACUCUGGAGAUGGCUGGGGUUGCACAUGUCAUGCCUUUCAUUUCAUUCAUUUGAUAUUACAUUUGCCGUUGGGGACUCAUACCACUAGGUGUUGAGGUCUUUCUAUUUUGAAUGUCUGCCUCUACAGUACCCUGUGCCUUACCCUCUGCCUCUACACUUACUGCUCAUUUCAUUUCCAAAUAAUUGCACUGGUGUUUUGAUCAAAACUCUCUUUUAUGACUCUCAUUCAAAAUUUAAACUCAUAUUUGCAAAUCCUCUGUAUAGUGUAUUUCGAUGAAUAUCUGUUCUGCUCAUUGGAAAUAAUGGUGCAGGUUUUAACAUCCUGAUGUCAUAUCAGUGAGGGCAUUUUUGUAAAGUCCAGCAUUCAAAGCCCUUUCAAGAAGUAUAUGAAAUGUAGCUGGUGUUUUGUCAGCCUUCUAAGAAUCAAAUUCAAUGUUCAUUUGGUUACUUUGGACCAUUCACUGUCCCCGCUGCAUUAUUUAGCCUUAUAUAUUUAAAAAAAAACCUUAUAGUGGGACUUAUACUCCUAUAUCUUAUUUACUAUAUCUAUAUAUAGAUGUAGGACAUUUUCAUUCCAUUUUUUUAAAUUUAUGCAAUCAUUUUGUACAAAUUCUAUAUUGAGUAUCUGUAUCAGUCUUAUACUGUAGCUCCUAGUUGGUAGGUCUCUUUGGGUCAGUGGUUGCCUUUCUAUCACUGCCUUUGUUAAAAAGUCCUGUAUAUUGCUCAGAGACUUCAGUUGCAUAUGUUGGUUAUUAUGUCUUAUUUUUAUGUGUUUGUGUGGCCUGUCUUAAUUUCCUGUUAUUGCUCAUACAGUUUUUAUGCCUGUAUCACUUAUGAUGAUGUUCAGCUCAAAACCAAAUAUGGCUCUUUGCAAGCACUACAACCAGUAGACGGAAACCAUUUCCACUUGCAUUUAAAUUACCCAGAAUCUCACCCCUCAUUUUGUAAAGGAUGAUUUGGAGUGGAAGUAGCAUUACAGACACCUAAGAAUUGCAUAGAUAUUUGCAAGUAAUGCAUACCCUGUUAUUCAAUUAAGGAUGAUGUACACAAAAGAUAAUUGACAUGAUGAGUUUGGAGCUUGCAGGGGGCUAUAAUUUAGUCAGCACAGCUCAAAACUACUGCACCUUUCAGUUCAGUUCCCAACAGCUGCGAUAGUCCUUUUUUAUGUAGCUCUAUUUAUAUAUUGGAUAAGUGCCUCCGAGUGCUUAGCCAUCCCUGUUUUUGUGCAAUGCAAAUACCCAGUACUUUAAUGUCCAGAGACCCUCAUGUCUCAUACUUAUUUGUGUGUACAUGCUCAAAAUCUGAGCCUCUGUCCCAAGUUUGCUUUUUAAAGUGCCCUUUACAUGUUUGCCCAGCAAGUGGAAGAACCUGGUAAAUGGUGCUUGUGACAGUGGGGGAAAAAGCCUUGGUGAAUCUGCAUGCUGUGGUUGAUUUGGGUCUUAUACCAUGUUAAUCAUUUGGAUGCCACUGUGAAUUUUCAGCUAGUCUUAAUUCAGAGACAUUCCUUUUGUGUAGGUUUUUUUUCUGCGAAAAGUGAGAUGCUACCUUUUGGAUUUUGUAUGUUAAUUCAACAAAAUGUAUCCCUUUCUAUACCUGAGAAAGUACAAACUUCUAUCUUGGUCUCAUAAGUUGUAGGUCUGGUGCAAAGCAAUAACUUGUUUCAAACUCUUCAGGGUAAUGACAAUAUGUCUAGGACCAAAGUGUUUUCCCCCAUAUUCCCUCAGUUUUAUAUUUAGCUUUGAUUUAUCACUUGUUUCAUUUAAUGUACCCAAGUGUAGAGCCUGGUUAUUUUCAUAUAGCAUCAAAAAGUCCAUAUUGGUCCAAGGCCUUAUAUAAAUUUAUGGUCUUGGACCAUGUCAGAGCAGCUUUCCUUACAGUUGUCAGAAACAUACCACUUGUAUGUAAUCCAAUGCUGGAACUGGAUGGUGUAUAAGAUAAAGUAAGCAUAGAAGAGGAGAAUCAUAUGGCAUACAAAAAGUUGUUACAGGAGUUUCUAGAUACCUGUUGCUUGCAACUCCAUGAUUGUAUAUUAGAUAUUUUUAAGGAGGUAACUGUCAGUGUACCCAAACCAGGCAAGAAAUGUAAUCUCCUAAAUUAUGGAGCCUUGCACAUGUUUGCACAGCAGUGAAAGACUCAUUACAGCCUCAGAUAAAAUAUGGUAUCCCCUGUUUCCAGCUGUUAAGAUUUUUUUAAAGGGGAGGGAUGGGAUGGGUAGUAUCAGGGCAUGGGGGAAAAGGUGUAAAUAUUCAAGCUUUUUAUACCACAAAUGGUAAUUGGGAAGCAAUACAAGUUUUAUAUCUAUCAAACAAAUGUAUAUUUUGAUUACAGCUACAACUAAGGUUUUUCAGACCAUUAUGGAGCCGUUAAAGUUUGUAUUACAAGACAAAAGGAAUUAAACAUAUUUUCUAACAAAACGUGUAUCUUUCUGUAAUGUUCCC